GUCUUCUCACCUCCACACCGUAUUUAUAAGGGAUGCGACACCGCCGCAGCAAUCCCUACCCAGAAGCUUCUGCUACGAUGCAGGUCCCGUACUGAGAUCUCAAACAUCAACCCAGUAAAACAGGUCGCAGUUGCACGAGGUCGGCGCGGGGCGCUGUUGGCAGCGAGCGGUCGGCUUCACGACCUGCCCUGCCCCUCUACCACGUGAGGAGACGGUUCAGUCGGCCGCCGCUGCUCGCCGCCCGAGCCCGUACAGUGCUGUCUUAAAGAGUCGCUGCCAUGGAUGAGGACGCCGCUGCGGGACUUAUGCUGCCCGGACUGCGCUUCGGCUGGCUGGACCACAUGGUGUUCGGACUCAUGCUGGCAGUCUCCCUGGUCGUUGGCGUCUACUUCGGCGUGUGCGGCCGGGCCAAGAACACCGCCAAAGUGGACUACCUGCACGGCGGCAAGAGCAUGAGCGUCCUGCCGGUGGCCGUGUCGCUGGUGGCCAGUCAUAUAUCUGGAAUAACUCUGAUGGGAGUACCUUCUGAGAUCUACCUGUACGGGACACUAUACGGGCUGGUGGUUAUUUCUACCGUUCUCACCUGCCUCAUUGUCAACUGGUUGUACCUGCCAGUCUUUUUCGGCUUGCAGCUCACGUCUACAUAUGAGUACCUGGAGCGGCGCUUCAACAGAGAGACGCGUCUGCUCGCGUCCUUCCUGUUCACCCUGCAGCAGGUGCUCACCAUUCCGCUCUUCGUCUACGUGCCGGCUCUCGCGUUCAACCAAGUGUCUGGCGUCAGCGUACAUCUUAUAACGCCCGUUGUGUGCAUCGUUUGCAUUUUCUACACCAUGCUGGGUGGUCUGAAAGCGGUCGUCUGGACGGACUUCCUGCAGGGCCUGGUGAUGGUCGCUGCCUGCUUUGCAGUCAUCAUCCUGGGCUGCCAGCUGGUGGGCUCCCCGGUGCAAGUGUGGGACAUUUCCGACCAGGGCGGUCGCAUACGUCUCUUCGAAAUGAAUCCAAGCCCAUUUGUACGGAACUCCUUCUGGACCAUUGUACUCGGGACGACAGCAAAUUGGUUGACAGUCUGCGCCAUUAACCAGGGCUCCAUGCAGAAGUUCCUGUCGGUGCCCAAUCUGCGUAGCGCCAGGAUCUGCUUGUUUGGUUUCGGUGGAGGCAUAAUCACAAUGAAAGCGAUUAGCGUGUUCACUGGCCUGCUAAUAUAUGCAACGUAUCACAACUGUGACCCUAUAUCGGCAAAGGCGAUAUCGAGGCCGGACCAGCUGCUGCCCUACUACGUGAUGCAGGUCUCCACGGCUGUCCCUGGAUUGCCUGGUCUCUUCGUCGCUGGUAUUUUCAGCGCAGCCCUAAGCUCCAUGUCUGGGUCUCUCAACUCCCUGUCCGGUACCAUUUACGAAGACUUCGUGCUGCCGCGUGUGUCUGACAAGAUAUCAGACGAGAAGGUGAACUUCAUCAUGCAGGGCAUAGUGCUGGCAGUGGGCGUCAUAUGCGUGGCACUCGUGUUCGUCGUCGAGAAGCUUGGUACAGUGCUCGAGCUGGGCUAUAGCAUCGCAGGCGUGACUUCCGGUGCACUCCUCGGGGUCUUUACCCUGGGUAUGCUGUUCCCCUGGGCCAACGGAAAGGGCGCUAUCGCCGGAGGCCUGGCUAGCAUGGUGCUGGUGUCGGUGAUCCUGGUGGGAGCGCAGAACGCCAUGGCCACUGGCACCUUAGUCUACCCGUGGCUGCCCACCACUACAGACGGCUGUGCGGCCAACGUCACAGCUGGCUUGUUCACCAGCACAACCCCAAGGCCGGAGGCGGCGCCGGCGGAGGCGCCGCUGCUGUUCCAGAUCUCGUACAUGUACUACACGCUGUUGGGCGCGAUCGCCGCCAUCGCGGUGGGGCUGGCGGUCAGCUUCUGCACGGGCGCGCGCCGCCCCUCAGACGUGGACCCGGCGCUGCUGUCGCCGCCCAUUCGCUUCCUCUGCCGGCCGCCCCGGCGCUACACCGGCGGCGACGCCGCGGCGGCUGUGGAGCUGCUGGCGCCGCCCACCGCCCCCGCAGCAGGCAGGAAGCACAGCGGCGGCCGCCGCGGCUCCGGCCCCGGCUGACACUGUGGGCGGACUUCCUGCCCACGUCGGCAGCCACUUUCACGAAACGUGCUCUGCGGAGCCGUACCGUACCUGAACCACGGACUGCACUCCACCGAUGAGCGUUAAUCUAAAUUCCGUAUUUGGAAUGUCUUUGAAACGUAUUAUGUACUUACUGAACGGUACAGACUAAAUACUCAGAAAUAAAUCC